GUGAUCGUCACAAGUCUGUCCUGUGCUGUAAAUCCACAGCCCUGCGGAAUGCGUUCCAGAGGGGCCAGGCAUCUCGUCUUCCCUGAAGGCAGCACUUUUAUGGUUCGAAUACAAAAUGUGAAGAAGCUGCAGACGGAGAAACCGUACGAGAAUCAGCCGUUGUGGCAGCAGGUGAUAGAAGUGGAGGAGCUGUUUCCCCUCCCGAACAACUACAGCUUCAAGUCUCCCCAGCGUUCCAAGCGUCCUUCCAGUUCCUCACACCAGCCGCACGACAAGGGCAAGUGGAACGCCACCGGUUCCUCAAAUGAAACGCAGCACCGCCCGUGGCGCGGCCACACAAACAAUUCGUCUCGCUGGAAGAAUUCUGGGGGUGCAGGCUCUGCCAGCCAGUGGCCGCGUGAUCCUGGAUCCAGGGCGACAACGCAUCGGCCUGGUACAGGCGGACCUGUGCAGAAACCGAAUGGAAGUGCCAAGCACAACAACAAUAAUAACAACAACAACGGUACAAGAAACAACAGUCCUGCUGUUACUACAGAGGAGAGUAAUGAAGUCCGAGAGCCUGUUAUGCACCCUUUUGGACCGUGGUUAUUAUGGUUUCCGGGAAAUUAUUACGAUAUUCAUCAGAUUAGACCUGAUUCUGGUAAAGGUUCUUCUGAAACUGAGACUGCUGACAAACAAAAAGGGUCCAGUGGCAAAAUGGGAAAUGCUGACCACGCUCAGACAAAUUAUAUGUAUGGCCCAUUCGCCUAUGUACCCGCUACAGAUCAAAACCAGCAUGAUGUUACACCUGUAGAAAAAUGGACACAGAGCGCGGACGGUAUGCCGAGAGAUUACGAACAACAUUACGACAUUUCCGUCAGCCACGAAGGAAAAAAUAGUGCUUCUGUGGCAGCAGACGAAGCGUUCUCGUCGAGACACCCAGCGCCCAAUCAUCACGGGACGUACUUUUCUGCGGAAGACUACGGCACCAGUUGCUAUCCGGAGCCAUAUUACCUUCAUCGACGUCAGAGAAGGCAACUAUACAGCUUUCUGGAGAGUGCGAUAGACGCUCACGGCUUGGAUGGACGAGCAUGUAUCCUGCGCGCAAUCUGCGAAGCGCGGGACCUUCCCGGGUUUGCAGCCGACACCAGUUCGGUUGUUGCGGACAUUCUGCGCCUCGUCUUCACGAUUCCGUCGGGGCAGACGCCGGACAUGCGGGAGUACGAGUCCUUCCCGGAGAAAUCCUGCUGGUCAGCUGCGUGUCCGUUCUCCCUGCUGAAACCCAUGGUCGCAGACAAACCCUUCAUGUGAAGCUCUGGACAGAAGACAGAAGCUGUGAGAAGCAACCGGUGACAAGCAGAACUUC